UGUGCAGAUAAGUGACUCGCAGGCAGGUGUGUCGUGAUCCGUGGCCUACAUCAGCCUGGUGACACAACAUACUGCAACAGUUCACAUAUAAAUACAGGCCUGGCCCGUGUGUUUCAAUCUACAGCCAACUGUAACAUCAGCACACCGUGUUUAUAGACCAGCCAACUGUAACAUCAGCACACCGUGUUUACAGUCCUGCUCACUGAGGCGUGUGAUCAGAUUCUAGUCAGGUGAACGUGUCCCAUUAGCACAGUCAGCAUCAGCUCAACCUGAUUCUACUCACACUCGAAAAUGCUGACAACUCUAGCAAUAAUUGCCGCCAUAUUGGCCCUCCUGGCUUAUUUGUUUGUACGUUACAUGUCAGCCACACACAACACGUUUAAAAAGAUGGGAAUAGACAACCCCCCGCCCAACCCCAUCAUAGGGAACUUUGGUCAAGCUUUCAAGUACGGAGUGUUUGAAGUCCAAAAGGUUUUCUAUCAACAGUACCGCGAUAAAAAGGUAUACGGAUGGUACGACUCUAGAAGGCCAACUAUGAUCGUCAAAGAUCUUGAUAUGGUCAAAGAUAUAUUUGUGAAAAAUUUUAAUUGUUUCGUUGAUCGCCACACUCUGUUUGAUAUUGAUCCACCUUUUAGCGAUAAUCUCCUCAACCUAAAGGGUGAGCACUGGAAACAUGUCAGAAACAUCGUGACACCAACAUUCAGUUCAAGCAGACUCAAGAAAAUGGCGCAUCAUAUUGAAAGAAAUACGAAGAUAAUGUUAGAAAAUCUUCAGGCUCUACAAGAAUCUGGCACAGAAGUUGAGGCUAGAGAUUUUUUAUCUGCCUUCACUCUUGACGUCAUAGCCAGCACCGGUUUUGGGUUAGAGAUUAACACACUCAAAAACCCAAACAAUCCUUUCGCAACUGAGGCCAAAAAAGUACUGAAUCCCAAUCCAGCUUUGUUUGUUAUGAUUUUACUGAUUCCAUCUCUAACCAAAUUAUUUUCACGACUUGGCCUCUCCAUACUACCACAAAAAUCCUUUGAAUAUUUCGUCAAAGUUGUGGAGGCGGCAAUAGAGCAAAGAAAGAGAGAAGGGUUAGAAGGGAAAGUCAACGAUUUUCUAGAUCUGCUGAUGAACGCCGAGAAAGAAACGGGAGAACCCAACAAAGAAUUGACAAGAUCAGAAAUUUAUGCUCAAGCUAUUGUACUCAUCUUUGCCGGGUACGACACUGUGGCGACAGUUCUGUCCUUCACCUUGUUCUUCAUCGCCAUGCACCCAGACUGCUGCAAACGUGUGCAGGAAGAGAUAGACGAAAAAUGUGGUCAAACCUUACCUAAUUACGAUAACGUCCAGUCUUUAACUUACCUCGACAUGUGCAUCAAUGAAUCGAUGAGAAUUGUGCCUCCAGGAAUCUUUAUCAACCGCGUGUGUGUGCAGGAGACGGAAGUCCACGGCGUGAAGUUCCCCAAGGACAUGGUCGUUGUCGUGCCAAUCUACGCUUUCCACACCGACCCGGAAAUCUGGCCGGAACCGGACAAAUUUGACCCAGAGAGAUUUACGCCAGAAAACAAAGAAUCUCGCCAUCCAUAUGCGCAUCUUCCUUUCGGCCAAGGACCAAGAAAUUGUAUUGGCAUGAGGCUGGCUCUCCUGGAGAUAAAAAUAGCCUUAGCUACAAUCUUUCAGAAGUUUACACCAACACGAUGCAGUAAAUCUGUCUACCCGAUCCAGCUGAAUAAAAUUCAGCCAAGAGCAAAUGACGGCCUGUGGCUCAAGUUUAACACCAGGAAAUAAACCAGUUAUUUGAUAAGAAACAAACUUAGAGAUCAGUAUAGUCGCUUGUUCGUUGUUUUAUAAAAUUUUAUUCUUGUUGAUUCCUGCCUCGCUUUAUAGCGCCUAAAUCUAGAGCGGCUGGACAUGGAGGUGACCAAACUGUAGCUUCUAAUGCCGAGGUAACUGAAAAAGGUGAACUGUACUUACCUGCUUCAUAGAUCGUAAGGAUUGAAUGGUACUUUUUUUACUAGCUUUACAGAGAUUUAACAUUUAAUUUGACUCUAAUAACAUGGGGGAAAAACAGUUACUGAAAGCUCAGACAAUUCUUUACAAUUUUGAAAAUGAUAAACCACAAAAGGAAAUAAACAUUUACCUAAUAAUGGUGUCAGUAAAACAAAAUGUUCAUAACGAAAAUCUUACCUGGAGUCUAAAUAAUUAUUUUUGAUAUUUUGUUCAUGCAGUGUUUGAUAGUAAUUCAUCAUCCCUCGGAUUUUUGCAUACCCUGUUAAAUUACCUUGAUUGACAGUGCACUCUUAUGUGUUUCUAUUGAUUUAGUGUAUGUGUGUUGAAAAACUCCUUGUAAACAAGUCAUUGAUUUUUCAAACGCUUCGCGAGUUUACAUAACGUCACAUUAAAUGUCUAAUGUACUGUACCAAAGGCUGUUUGAAUUUACAUGUAUUGACAAACCACAACGUUUUAUAUUAUGUUUUUAUAGCUUUAAAAAAGAAUGUUAACAUGAAUUAAUAAUGAACGGAUUAAUAUUAUAUAUAUAUAUAUAUAUAUAUAUAU